CAACAGUUGCAUUUCCGUUAAAGAUGGCAGUGUCCAUAGAUAUUAAUGUUACGAAAUAAUUUUGGAAUAUUUAUGGCAUUACAAUCGUGUUUUUUAUAGAUUUAUAAAGUAUUUCGAAGUGUGUAUUUAUUAACGUGAUAAUUAAUUGAUAAAAUCUUUAUGGAUAUCCGUGAUCAGUUACGAUAUAUUUUUAGUGCAUCUAACUUGUUGCAACUGUGUUGUAACCUUCCCACGUGCACGUUUUAAUUAUAUUUUAUUUUUUCUUUUUCGACAAAUAAAUUGAUACGAUGGCAGAUACAUUACAUAAAGAUGGAUAUGAGAUAUCAAAUUUAGCAAUGCGUAGUGGAGGUGGUAAUAUAGGAGGAGAUAAUGAUAUGAAACUUGAACCAUCUAGUCCAACAGAAAAAUAUACAUUUUCUCGCUGUAGUAGUACUGGCUCGGUAAAUACACCAUCUUCAUCUGCUCAUAAUACUGAGGAUGAAGAUAGUGAUAAUAAAAAUUCAACUAUAAGUUAUAAAGAACGUAGGAGAGAGGCUCAUACUCAAGCAGAACAAAAACGAAGAGAUGCUAUCAAAAAGGGAUAUGAUUCUUUACAAGAUUUGGUUCCUACUUGUCAACAUACUGACUCUUCAGGUUAUAAACUUUCUAAGGCUACUGUACUUCAAAAAUCUAUUGAUUAUAUUCAAUUUUUAUUGCAACAAAAGAAAAAACAAGAAGAAGAACGUAAUGCAUUAAGAAAAGAAGUUGUUGCUUUACGCAUUAUGCAAGCUAAUUAUGAGCAGAUUGUGAAAGCUCACCAAACUCAACCAGGACAUGCAGAAAUGCGUGUAUCUGAUGAAACCAAAUUUCAAGUGUUUCAGACAAUUAUGGAUCGUUUGUUCCAAACAUUUAAUAAUAUUUCAGUAGCAAAUUUUGCAGAAUUAUCAGGAUGUGUAUUUAGUUGGUUGGAAGAACAUUGUAAACCUCAAACUUUACGUGAAGUAGUAUUGUCAGUACUACAGCAACUUAAUAGCCAAAUCAGCUAGUCAAAUAUAUUACUAGACGAUUGUGAUUGCACAAUAAUACAUUUAUAAAAUCUAUUCGCAGGUACUUAGACCAAUUAUUAAGUAGAGUUACCAAAAAGGAUGGGAGUAUGUGUGUUAUAUGCAAUAUGGAUGACAUAAUGAUUGUACAAGAAAUAUAAAUAGAAAUUUAUUUUAUAUACUAAUGUUAUAGAUACAGCCAUAUAAUAUGGCAUGUCGUUUUUUGGUGACCAAACAAUGUUAAAUAUUUUUAACAGAGAUUUUUUAUUAUAUGAAAUUUACUGCAUAUAUAUAAUAUAUAAUGUAUGUAUAUACAUAUAUGAAUGUAUUUAAAUAUGUACAUAAUACAUUAAU